GUCAAAUUUACGUCACAUCACAAUAAUAAAUCAUGGACGAAAAUGAAUAAAUAUUUUUGUAUAAAACGAUGAGUUAAAAGGAGAUAUUAAAAUGGUUGAGCCUAUUUUCGAUUACCAAUUCCGACUGAUUUUAAUAGGCGACAGUACGGUGGGGAAAAGUUCGUUACUAAAGUACUUUACGGAUGGAAAAUUUGCGGAGGUGUCCGAUCCGACGGUUGGUGUGGACUUUUUCGCGAGAUUAAUCGAGGUAAAAGACGGUACUAGAAUCAAAUUGCAACUUUGGGACACCGCCGGCCAAGAGAGAUUUAGAUCCAUAACAAAAUCUUACUACAGAAAUUCAGUCGGUGCAUUGUUAGUUUACGAUAUCUGUAACAGGGCUAGUUUCGAUAACAUACCUUUAUGGAUGUCGGAGGCCAAGAGGCACAUCGAGCCCCACAGGCCGGUCUUUUGUUUGGUGGGCUGUAAAUUAGAUUUAAUAAAUAACGGGGGUAAGAGGGAAGUAUCCAAAGAAGAAGCGAAGACCUUCGCUGAUCAAAACUCGCUGUUUCACGUCGAAACUUCAGCUAAAAACGGGUUAAAUGUAGAAGAGGCGUUUCGAUGUGUUACCCAAGAGGUCUUUAAUAGGAUACAAUCCGGGGAAUAUAAGGUGGAGGACGGGUGGGAUGGUAUAAAGACAGGUUUUUCUAGGCCAUCGGGUUUAAAUUUCAAUUUAGUAGAAGCCGAACCUGCUAAAUUGUCUUGUUGUUAGUCGUUUUGUUUUUAAGUAGGGACUGUAUAUAAUUUAAGAAAAAAAUUGUCAAUCAAAUUUAUAACGUCCUAAUUUGCAGCAAUUUUUGAAAUGAAUUGUAUAUUACUAACUACUACACACGCGUAGUUUAGUUAUAAGUCGCAAAAAAUAUGGUCUGACGUUUUUUAAAACCAAACAAUUGUGUAAAAUAUUAGAAAUUUCCUGUUAAACAAUUUUUUUAAUAGUUCAUUAGGUAUACGAAGAGAAUAUUUAUUUGAUGAUUUGUAUUAAAAUGUAUGCUAAAAAUAAAAUAUGGGUAGAUGUGGAGGUUGCAGUUACUAAUAUUCUAUAUGAAAUAAACAGUUUAUUAAUUGUUUACCUUAAGGUGUUGACUAAAGAAGGUAAAGGAGCUCAUUUGCGGAAUGAAUUAUUAUUGUUUUCAUCUUGAUAAAGACAAAGAAUAAAGAGUUCAAUUUGAAUUAAAAAAGGUGCUUUUAUUCUAUUUCCUUAGCUAUUUUUAUUCGACCUUGUAUUCACGUAUUU